AUGGAAGAGUUUGUACAUGAAAAAUUAACUUUAUUUUUAAUUAUAUGCAAAGAUGUUUCAAAUAAAGUUCUGGAAUUUUAUGAUUUUUAUGUCGACGAUUCUUGGUUGAGAAUUUACCAAACAACGUUCAAUAAACACCCACAACUUAAGAAAAACAUUAAAACAAAUUAUCUUGAGAAGCUAACAGCAGUUGUUCCUACUCAGGUGCCUAAAGAUCUUUAUGGAAAGCUAAGCUUUAACAGAAGACAACAAAAGAAAGAGAAUACUUACAUAAGACCAUGUAUCAUCAUCUUGAGUUUCUUUUUAGAUGAUGAAGAUGUUGAAGAAAAUCACCACAUUGCUUAUUAA